UCUUUUUAAUGUUUUAUUUUCUCAUGGGCAUAUUUUGUGUUAAAACUUUAAAAGCAUUGUUAAUUAUUUAAUAAAAAAUACUUUUAUAAUCAACCCAUUCACAGAAGUACAGAACCAGUAAGUUUGUAUCCUCAAGUUCCGUCAAUCGUCGAUACAUAAUGCCUAAAAAUAAGGGAAAGGGAGGUAAAAAUCGUAGGCGUGGCAAAAACGAGAAUGAAACCGAGAAGCGUGAAUUGGUAUUUAAAGAAGAUGGCCAAGAAUAUGCUCAGGUCACCAAAAUGUUGGGAAAUGGACGUCUAGAAGCUAUGUGCUUUGAUGGUGUUAAACGGCUUUGCCACAUACGAGGAAAACUUAGGAAAAAGGUGUGGAUUAAUCAAGCUGAUAUAGUAUUAAUAGGUUUACGUGAAUAUCAAGACACAAAAGCCGAUGUAAUUUUGAAGUACACGCCAGAUGAAGCUCGUAACUUGAAAACAUAUGGAGAAUUUCCAGAAACUGUUCGCAUCAAUGACACAGUCACAUUUGUUGAUGAUGGACUGGAUGAAGAUAUUGAAUUCGGAGAUGAUAUUAGUGAUGAUKAUGAAGCAGACAAUGCUGUUGAUAAUAUUUAAAUUUUUUUCAAAUAAUGUAAGCUGUACGGUGAUAUCUUUUGCCAAUGAAUCAGAUUAUAAUCAACAACAAAUUUAAAUAAAUAAAUACUUAACAUAAUGCUUAA